GCCAUGAAAGAAGAGCAAAAGGGCUGAGGCUGUUUGGGUGGUUUUUAUUUAGCAAAUCGUUGGCUGCUUUCUCUCCCACACUCCCCCUGUCACCUUCCUUUCUGAUCCAUCCUCUUUUUUUCGCUCUCUUCCCUUCUUUCCGCCAGGAGAGAGACCUUGGCACCACAGCACGCCUCCCAUCCAGGGCUCUUGGGGAUACAGAGAAGCCAAGCCAAGCUCCAAGCCAAGCAAGAGCAUCUGGGAGGGGGAUUUCAGGAAAUCAAACGCAGCGCUGGCGUCCUCCUUUUUUCUGUUUUCCAGCCCAAGCGGCUGCUCCCGCAACUACUGCUGCGGCUACUUCCGGGUUCCAGUCAAUCUCCGCCUCUCCCUCCCUCCCUCUCUCUCUCUCCAUCCCUCCCUCCCACCUACCCUGGGACCAUCCCAAUCGGGCUAUAUCAGAGGUCAGUGAAAAAAUCGGGGUUGGGGGUAAGCAUCUCAAAGCUGCCAUCUUCACCCCCCGGAGACUUUGGAUGGAUCUGUUAUUUCCCCCUCUUCUCCCCGUCGUCGUCGUUUUCUUCGCUGCCGCCUCCUGAUGCUUUUGGUUUUGGAUGCAAACAUCACAGGGACGAGAUAAGCAUCAACAUCACAAUCGGCACCGGUGGGAAGCUGGGCAAAGCCAUGAGGGGAAAGAAAAAUGGCCCUGGCAGGCAGGCAUGGGAUUCAUAGAGGAUCUUUAGCAGGUUUUUGAGGAUGCCGCCGUGUUUCAGAUUUACCUCAGUAUGUCUUCCUCCAAACUCCAAGAUGCAGAUGAGGUUUUUGAUUUUAAUGAUGUGAUUCCAGAGACCCAGAGGUUGGACAGCAGCUUGCAGAAGGCCCGAGCCCAACUCUCGGCUAAGGGCAGGCGACAGCGCCCCUCCCGGUCCCGUUUGAGAGACAGUGUCAGCUCCACAGAAGGGGAUGAGAUCUUUGAGAAGAAGACCGGUGACAGCUGUGGCAGCCCACUCCAUCGCCUGAGGUCCCCUCUUCACGGCUCCCUGCAGGCCUCAUCCCCCCUCUCAGGCUCCUCACCCUUCGCUCGUACGGGCGAGUUCUCUUUUGAUGCCUCAACAGUCCGGAGGUCGCUGGAGCAGGAGGAGCAGCCCUCGUCACCUCUCAUCCGUUACCGCCCCCUGACCAACACCUCCUCCCAGGAGGCCUUAGGUGGCACCCCCAUCAGCUCCUCUCCCAAGUCCUGCCCAAGCUCAGACAGCUCGCCCAUCUAUGCCCGCAGAGAGAGGCACAGUGAAGACGACAGCCGGGACACAAGCCCUCCAGAACCUGCAAGCCCCACUAUUGGCCUUGACAAGAAGACCCGGCGGAAGUUCCUGGAUUUGGGGGUCACCCUGAGAAGAGCUUCUUCGGGGAAAAGCAGGAAAGAUAAAGGAGGCAACCGGCUUUCCAUGGGCAACAGAGAGCUGAUGGAGGGCUCCAGCCGUUCCUCCGUCUCUCCCUUCAUGCCUUUCUCCUGGUUCACGGACAGUGGGAAAGGCUCGGCCUCCUCAGGCAGCACCGCCUCCCCCACUUCUUCCCCCAAGAACGAGGCCUUUAGCCGCAAGAAAUCUGCCUCACAGGAAUCUACCUUGAGUGAUGACUCUACUCCUCUUAGCAGUAGCCCUAAGACGCUGGGCGCAGCCCUUCCUGAGACCAAGUAUUCCUAUCCAUACCACACACUGUCACAGUCAUCUGAUGAGUUCCUGGACGAACCCUUGAGUGCAGCUUCGACAUGGAGUAGUCAGAAAGUGGGCCAGUGGUUGGAGAGCUUGAACCUGGAACAGUACAUGGCUGAGUUUGCUGCCCAGGAGGUGGAUGGCCAUCAGUUGCUGCUUUUGGAUGGAACCAAGCUCAAGGCUCUUGGAGUCAGCAACUCCCAUGACCGUUCUCUUCUAAAGAGGAAGCUGAAAGAGUUGAAUGCAGCAGUUGAGAAAGAGAGGAAAGCUCAGGAAAAGGUGGAGAAGCAGAAGGAAAAACAGAAGAAGAAAGAGCAGGAACAGAAGAAGACUUAGGCAAAGCAUGGGGAUGACCAUCUCCCAGUGCACGUGACUAAAAACCUUCCCUCUUCACCCAUGGAGAGUCUCUAGGGUGGGAGGGAUGGACCAUCUGCAGCCAGGCAAGUGGGGGGGAAACGAGAAGCAGGUAGGAGCCUGCUGAAGGUUAUGGGUUUGGGUGGGGGUAUAAAACGUGGCUGAACUUGCUAGGUGACCAGGCAAGGUGGAGAGGCAGCAACAGCUCAGCAUUCCCAACAGUGAUUGGGUGGACCACAUGGACAGAGAAGGCAAUGCCUCUGCAAAAUUGUGUCCUCUGUCUCUCUGACGCCUGGAUUGCCCAACUGCAUUUUCAGUGGUCUGACAAGCCCCCCCAUCCUGCUAUGCUGUGGGGAGGCUGGUGGUGAAAUGGCCCACUGAUCCUGCGCCCUGUGAAACCCUUCAUAUAUAACACCUCUUGACUUUCCUAUCAAUUCCACACCUCUACGUGAUGCUGUUCAGCCUAAAAGGCCCAGAUAUGUUCACAGUGUGCCAAUUAGGUGUCCUGUCACACCGUCCUGUUCCCACGAGCCGCCAGAGAAGAGAGGGAACCACAGCUGCCUCACAACACACAACCACACAUACACAAGCGUGUACACACACACAUACACAAUGUCUCCCAAAAUACAGCAGGAUGAGAAGAGUGCAUGUCUGUCCCCUGUCCCCCCCCCCACACACACAUACACACCUCCUUCCCUCCCAAACAGAUUCUGCAUCAGGUACAAUCAGAUCUAACUGGCUCUAAACUUCCCUGUGGGGCGAGGUGGGCAGGAAGGCUGGUUGCACGUAGCUCAGCUAAGAGAGAAAACUCUGUGUGAGCCGCAGAUGUCUGGAGAUUCACAAUGAGAAACCACAAUGGAAUAAAAAGCAAUUUGAAAUUC